AUGGAGUGGCUUUGCGUGUUAGUCUGCGUUGUUGCUUUCUCAUCUCCCGUCACACGUGCAACAUGCGACGUGUGUUCUACCAGGUGCUCGCGUACGGCCUCUCUCGAUCCUUUGAAAAAGCAAUACGUAUACGUAACAGACAGUACCGUCUGCCAUGACUCGACUGGUAGACCGCAGCUGUCGUCUCUAAGAGCUACAUCGAGCGACGGAGACGACAGAUUCACAGUCACAGUUCUAGAUCAACAAGGAUACAAUAACUUUAGUGGCGGCGGCUCAUAUUACUACUAUUCUUCUCUCUCUAGCGGUGGUGUGUUUGACAGAAGCACUGAUUCUACUUGCUUUGAAAAGACUUUCGCUCUUGCAGCUGCAUUUUCUGCUGGGACUAAUUUGUAUGUCAUCAUCGGAUGCACCAACGUGAGGUCUAACUGCAACCUGAUGUACGAUGUACAGUUUACAUGUGUGGCUCCGGAUCCGUGUAUUGGAGUAUUUUGUGGUUCUCACGGUAGAUGUAGCAAUGGACAGUGCGUUUGUGAUCCGGGAUACACUGGAGUUGGAUGCCAAACUGUGGAUGCAUGCUAUGCCAUUUCUUGUGGUUUUUAUGGCAGGUGUAGCAAUGGAAUGUGCAUCUGUGAUCCAGGCUACACUGGAGUUGAGUGUGAAACUGUGGACACAUGCUACGACAUUGUUUGUGGUGUUUACAGCACCUGCAGCAAUGGAGUGUGCAUCUGUGAUCCAGGAUACAGUGCUCAUGAAGAUGAAUGCAAAAUUGAUACUAUAGCCAAAUUAUGCUUUAGCAGCACAUGUGGUUAUCAUGGCACAUGUGGCAGCGGAUACUGCAUUUGCGAUGCGGGGUACAGCGGAGAUACAUGUCAAAAUUUCGAUGAUUGCUAUGACAUCUCAUGUGGUCCAAACAGCACAUGUGUCUCUGGACUGUGUCAUGUGCACAGUAGUUCUACCUUUCUUAACACCAAAACUAUUGUCAUUGCUUGCUGUAUCGGAGGGGCUAUUGCACUGGUGCUUUUGCUUGUAGGAGCAGUUGUCUUGUUUAAAAGAAGGCAACGUCAAAGGCAGCAGUCGCAGCUUUCUCUCGUUGAAAACAUAUCCUUACCACAGCCGUCAGCGCCACCAUCAUUUGAAAACAUUCCAUCGGUACAGCUCUAACUGGAUGUGCCUUGCAAUCAUGGAAAUGACAUAUCAGGAAUCAGAUUACUGCAAAACCAGGUUGCUGCAAAUCAAUCGUCUUAGCUUUUGUCUGUAUGCUGUGUUGACAGCAUGUGUGUAGUUGGUUGGAGAAAACAUUGCGUUUUGUCAAUUAUUGAUGUAUGUAUAAAUGGGAGAUUCAAUGGUGGAAUAUAGAGGUAGUUAGCCUAGAGUACAUUCCCUAAUAGGAGGAAUGUUGAGGAAUAACGGAAGCAGACA